AUGGCGGCCAAGGUUUACGUUGGCAAUCUCUCAUGGAACACCACCGAUGAGUCUUUACGGCAAGCCUUUUCGGAGUUCGGUCAGGUCCUUGACUCGAUUGUGAUGCGUGAUCGCGAUACUGGUCGAAGCCGUGGGUUUGCUUUUGUUACCUUCAGCAAUGACAAUGAGGCAGAGGCGGCUAUCUCAGGAAUGAAUGACCAAGAGCUGGAUGGUCGUCGAAUGAAAGUGAACUUGGCCAACGCUAGACCUUCUGGUUACGGAGGCGGCGGUUACGGAGGCGGCGGUUACGGAGGCGGCGGUUACGGAGGCGGUGGUUACGGAGGUGGUGGGAACUAUUGA